AUGAAGGCUAUCCACAAGGUGGAAAUAUCCCCUGUCAAUCCCGAGGAAUUUGCGUCUUCCGAGGCUGUCAAGGACAGCAUUCUUGCCAAAAUUAACCCUGUAACCAUUGGCUUCGCGCCAUCUAAAGUCUAUUACGCAAGAAACAAGGGAGUCGUGAUUGAAUCUCACGACUCCAAUGUAAACAAGCUAUUGGAUUUCCCUGAGUGGGCCUCCCUAAAGCUUAAGGCAUCUUCACCAAAAAAGAGACUUCCGAGAUUGUCUAUCUUUGGUGUUCCCUCGUUCUUAACGAAGGAGAACCUAGCGAAGGCAAUAAUCGACCAAAAUAACGUCGAAACAUUCAAUACAGAGGACAUAAACCCGGUGCAUAAGUUUGGCCCGAGGGGUCAGAAGCUUGUGCACUGGGCCGUGGAGGUCACUCCUGCCCUCAGGCUUUCUUGCUAUCACUAA